AUGAAUGAAUAGGAAGAAACACAAUAGGAGAAAAAAGAAAUUGUGCUUUGUGCUUCAAAGGCAAGACCUUGAUAGAGACGGAUGAGUCCAAUAGAUGAUAAAUCUGGUAUUCUGAUCCCUCGAUUAUAAUUUUUUCCAAAAUCCCUCGCUCUCUCUCUUUUCCUCGCAUCACACGCAGUUUCUCUCUCUAGCUUUCCCCCUUUACGGUCACUACUGGUUGUUCUUUCAAGAAUCGAAAACUCUCUGUUUCCCUUUUCUUUUCAAUUGGAGAAUUCUGAUUUUUCUUCUCUCUUUUUCUCUCCGUUUGUUUUAUCUCUGGUUUUUCUCGAUUCCGAAGCUGAAAUUUUCCAUCAAAUCAAUCAAUUACAGAAUCUAGAAUUAUCUCUUUCGAAACAGGGAAAAGACACUUCUUUCCUCCCCAUUUUCUCUUUCUUUCUUUCUUUCUUUUUUUUUUUCCGUCGGAAAAAUUGGCUUGAUUGGUGGGCUUGAUUUAGCUUCAAGACUUAAACUUUGGAUCACCUAUUUUUCUUGAAAACGGAACAAAGCAGAGAGAAGAAGGACGGAUUGAGUUUUCUUUAAGUUUAGUGAAUUUAUUUUAAAGAACUAGAAAAGAAAACAAUUUGUUUCUUUCUCGGAGCAUUGGUCGGAGCUAGAAUUCUCUGUUUGGACUUGGACAACAUUUGCCAACGAAGACUUUCUGUGAAGCGAAAAACAGAGAAGAAACGAGACGCAAGAUUUUUUUCCCCCCCUUUUUUUUUCUUCUCUCUUUCAAGCCUGCCCGUGAAAUUUGCUGUACAAACGUCGAAAAAUAGGAGUCUUUGCAAUAAAACCCACAUCGCAUCUCUCUUUCUAUCUAAAAGGGAAAUCAAAUCCCGUCAAUAUCUCUCUCUUUCUUCCCUUAUUUCUCUCUCUCUCUCUCUCUCUCUCUACAUCCUCUUUCUUUUUUUCCUCUGUUUUUCGGUCUUCUUUUCUUCGCCUUCCUCUGUUUCAGGGGUUGGUGAGAGAAACUUAAUUUCCCUCCCUUCCUCCCUCUCUUUCUCUCUCCUCUUUCUCUCUCUAAACAUGAUUUUGGACAAAGGGUCAAUGCAAUCAAACCUUGAUUGCUUCCUCCAUUGCACAACACCGGUCGUUCAAUCCCAAUUCCUCCCCAAGAGCGAAAUUCGGAACCUUAAUCGUCUAUGGCACCCAUGGGAGAGAGAAAAGGUCGAGUAUUUCACCCUCAGCGAUCUCUGGAAUUGCUACGACGAACUCAGCGCCUACGGAGCCGGCGUCCCCAUUUCCCUCGACCACGGCGAAACCCUUGUUCAGUACUACGUCCCUUACCUCUCCGCCAUUCAGAUUUUCACCAGCAAUUCCUCCAUUAACAGCUUCAGAGACGAGGCAGAUUCUGGUGAGUGUGAGACGAGGGAUUCGUACAGUGAUUCACUAAGCGAUGACAGCGAGAGCGAUAAGUUAUGGAGAUGGGACGGUUGUUCCUCGGAAGAAGGAGGGUUUGAGCAAGACAAUAACAACAAAAACAACAACAAUAACAAUAAUAACGUUUUGCAUCCAAACGACAGAUUGGGUUUUCUUUACUUUCAGUACUUUGAGAGAUCAACUCCUUAUGGAAGAGUCCCUCUAAUGGAUAAGAUCAAUGCAUUGGCUCAAAGAUACCCUGGCUUGUUGUCACUCAGGAGUGUUGAUCUCUCACCAGCUAGCUGGAUGGCAGUUGCAUGGUACCCAAUAUAUCACAUCCCAAUGGGCAGGACCAUAAAGGACUUGUCAACUUGCUUCCUCACUUAUCAUACUCUUUCAUCUUCUUUCCAAGACAUGGACAUUGAAGACGACAUUGACAAUGUGGAGAGGAAGAGAAAGGAAGGGGACGGCAUCUCUUUGCCUCCAUUUGGUUUGGCCACUUACAAGAUGCAAGGAAAUGUGUGGGUGUCAGGCAAUUGUGGAAGGGACCAAGAGAGGCUUUUGUCACUUUUGAGCGUGGCCGAUUCAUGGCUAAAGCAACUUCGGGUGCAACAUCAUGAUUUCAAUUACUUCACAGGCAUUCGAAGAUGCUAGGGAAAAAAGAAAGCCACACUACUUUUUUCUUUUUUUUUUUCAAAAAUUCACUCUGAGGAAAU